UCGUUUCUUUCGAUGUAUUUCUGUUGUGCUUGAUGCAGCUUGCUCUUAACUUCACUUAGAAGGACAUUUUCAGUUUUUCUUAGUUUGUUCCGUUCUUGCACUGUUCACAAUUUUGCGACUAUGUAACUGCCUAAAGACUCUUGAAAUGGAUUGUUUUGUUCCUUAUCACUGCCACACUACCCCACUGUUACCUCGCGCUACCAGAGCACGUUUACGACAAACCCAGCCUAGAACUGCUUCCUUCCAGAGACACUGCCGCUAGCUAACCAUUUUCAGUUGGUUUAAGUAUAAAUUUUCGUUUUGGUCACGUUGUGGAUGAUUUGCUUUCACUUUGCGUUGUGCUAAAUCUUAAGGACAUGCGAAAUCGCCUAGCCUCGCUGAUUGUUGUGAAGCAAGAGCCUAUCAGCGAUGAUUUCUUGACCGGCGAGAACGAUGAGAACAACCGCGGCAGUAUCGGCUUGCAGACAGGCUCGUAUGUUCCCUACCAUCAUCACCAUCACUACCAACAUCACCACAGCAACAAUCAGCCGCUAGGAUCUCUUAAUCAUACGGAGGAUUUUAACAAUAACGAGAGUAGCGCGAUAAGCGUAAAGAGCGACGUGUUCGAGGAGAAAAAGUGUGCUUCAUUAUCAUUGAAUCCAGCGUUUGGCCAACAGAUUUCUUCAGAACAGAAGGAAUCGGUCACACCACAGUCGCAAAGUGAAUUAGAGGGCUCUACACCCGUUGGAACAACAGCAACGACGACGACGACUUCAUUUCGAGGACCAGCUCCAUCAAGCAUGUUGCUGUUGCAACCGAAUACUUCUUUUAGUUCUCUUUCUUCGUUUGAUAACACCACAACUUCGCAACAAUCCCAGCUUCAACUAUCGGACGAUACUAACGAAGGACAACAAUAUCUGGAACAGAGCUUUAGUCAACUAUCGGAAUUAUUUUUCGCAAACGAGGCAGCUCUUGCAGACACAAGUCUCUUCUCAACUGAGGAUAGUGUUGGCUUGCCACAGCCAGUGGCAUCAACAUCGCACGGGGUGCCUUCGAGUAGCAAAAGUUUGAUUCCAUCAACGAGCGAUAGUCCAAAUCCCUUCGAAUCAUCUAUCGAGAGCGGCUUGAAAACACUUCUUCCUUCAACAUCCGCGCAGCCGCUCAAGGACAAACGCUUAACAUCAAUACCUGAACAUAGUCUGACACACGUUCCCGAACACGAUACAUCCCCGUCUUACUUUGAGCGAUCGAGUCCUGAAGAGAUUGGAUUAUUGGGUCUUCGGUCAAGCAGCGAUCCUACAAUCGCUCUUCACAGUCUACAGGCACGACAGAGUCUAGAACCGUCUGACAGCAUACGAUCUCAUCCAACUGCUUCGGGCUCAGGAGCAUUCCUCUCGGCUGGAUCCUCAUUACCAAGUUUUCAGGAGACAUAUUCACUGAAAUACGGACAGCUGCAGAAUAUUGCCGUGAAAAUGGACGAGGAUUGCUUCAAUAUAGCAACACAACAUAGUCAAGGUGGCACAUCAUACUAUCAUGGUCAUCCAGCCAUGCAUCAGGCGACAUCCUAUGAUUUCCAUUCUAAUCCAUCGUCGUCGUAUGUUUCGCCUGGAACUGAAGGAUAUUUUCCAUAUCCCCCACAACAGACAAUGCCAUAUGGAAGCACAUCAAGCCACGAAAGAUAUUCGCUUCCUUCAUUUCCUACCAUCUCUGAGCUGCAUGUUGCGACAUCUCAGCGACGUGCAUCAUUACCACUUCAACGAUCAGAAUCUACAUCAAGCAGUGAAAGUCCUAAACCUCCUCGAAUGGCAAUUCUGAAAACUAUUCCCAGUGCAUCGAGUUCCACAUCCAGUUCGCCCGGCAGCUUGAAUAAUAAUUCAGCAACAGCAAUCAACAAUAAUGAUCCCUUGCUAUCACGCGGAAUCCAUACGCCUCAGAGUCCUUCACAAUUGUGUGCAGUUUGCGGUGACACAGCAGCAUGUCAACAUUACGGUGUGCGAACUUGUGAAGGAUGUAAAGGUUUCUUCAAGCGUACCGUCCAGAAAGGCUCGAAGUACGUCUGUUUGGCUGAUAAAGCGUGUCCUGUUGAUAAGAGAAGGCGAAAUCGAUGUCAGUUCUGUAGGUUCCAGAAAUGCUUAGCAGUGGGGAUGGUUAAGGAAGUAGUUCGAACUGAUUCGCUGAAGGGUCGGCGAGGCAGACUCCCAUCUAAACCCAAAUCACCACAGGAAUCACCACCGAGCCCACCAAUAUCGUUGAUCACUGCCUUGGUGCGAGCGCAUGUCGAUACCACACCUGAUCUUGCCAGCCUCGAUUACAGCCACUAUAAGGAACCAGUUCCUAAUGAACCAGCAAUUUCGGAAGCCGAAAAGGUUCAACAGUUCUACAACCUACUAACAACUUCGGUGGAUGUUAUCAAGCAUUUCGCCGAGAAGAUUCCUGGAUAUUCAGAUCUGUGUCCAGAAGAUCAGGAACUUCUCUUCCAAUCAGCAUCACUAGAACUGUUUGUUUUACGGCUUUCCUAUCGAGCCAGGUCCGAGGAUACGAAGAUGACCUUCUGCAAUGGUGUCGUCCUGCAUAAAUACCAAUGUCAGCGAUCUUUUGGAGACUGGUUCAACAACAUUCUGGAAUUCAGCAAAAGCCUGCACGCUCUGGAAAUUGAUAUAUCAGCAUUUGCUUGUUUGUGUGCAUUAACGCUGAUAACAGAACGCCAUGGCUUGCGGGAACCAAAAAAAGUCGAACAACUCCAAAUGAAAAUCAUCAACAGUUUGCGGGAUCACGUCACCUACAAUGCUGAAGCUCAGAAGAAAGUCCAUUACUUCAGUCGCUUACUAGGUAAACUGCCCGAAUUACGAUCUCUUAGUGUACAGGGUUUGCAGAGGAUAUUCUACCUUAAAUUGGAGGAUCUAGUUCCAGCUCCUCCUCUCAUUGAAAACAUGUUUGUAGCCAGCUUGCCAUUUUAAGAAAUUACGCCAGUCUCCAUGUGAAAUAAAAAUGUAUUCCUGGACUAUCGGAUGCCCAACAGGUUUAAGUGAAUCCAUCAAAGGAAACUCCACAACUCUUCUUAUAAAAUCAUGAAGAAAUGCUAAAGUCAAUUAUAUUCGAAAUAUUAAAAAUGUCUAUGAUUUCUCAACAACCAGAGAUGAUGCAAAUGAUUUAAUUUAAUGCAUUAAGAAGGAAAGGGAAGACUUAAUUUCUUACUUAACAACAACAAUGGAUAGUAGUAGGGUAUUUCGCGAAGAGGAGAAAUGUAGGGUGUGUUUGGAUGAAAAUUCAAACGAUAUUAUGAUAUAUUUGAUAGCAUUCUUUUUUAUGCAUAUCCCUUUUUUGCAUAGAUGCAAUCCUUAAUAAAGUAAUCUAUAUGGUUACAAAAGAAACGACGUGGACAUUUGCAUGAUUUGAAAUUUCUAUGCAAAUUUGAGGUAGUUGUCAUAACUGGUUUGUUAAAAUGUUCAACUAAAAACAGAAAAGAAUACAAAACUAGUUUCCUUAGUUCAAUUGCCAUUCAAUGCUGCUAUGUGGUUGCGCUUCACUCCGCCCGCUGCAUUCUACCGUGAUUCGCCAACUUACACUUAUCACUACUACUAUUUACGCACGAAUGAAAUCUUAUUAAAAAUUUACUCGAUAAUUGCAUUGAAACUCAAUAGUUUUCGUGACUUCGGUGAUGGCCAGUGUUCAACUCCAUCAAAAUGACCAUUAGACCUACUCGCUAGAAGAACUCUUUGAUGGUUCAGUUUUUUUCCUUAAGAUGAAACGAAACCAAUUUCCAGCCUUUUAAUAUUUUAUAAUUUAAUUUCUUUCUACCGCCUAACCGAUUUCGUUCGUUGUUACAAAACUGAAGGCGAAGUAAUUUCAACAAUUGAUUAGUAUGACUCCGGAGUGAUUCCCAUAACCAGAACCGAACAGGAAACAGUUGCUAUCGGUGCGACAUCGCAAACAAGCGUUGCAUGCCUGUAAUUGGAAAUGGAGAUUCAAGUAAGAUUGCAGCUUGUGAUAGGUAUAAAGGAUGUAAUACAAGAGUGACGGCAAUCUUGAAAGUGAAAAGAAAUGGUUUCAACACCGCCAAUUAUGACUUAUCAGGAUAAGUUCGAAAAGACGAAUCCCAUUUUUAUUGAAUGAGAGGGAGUCCCAGUUCGGGAUUUAAGUUAAAGAUAGAAUGAAGUGAAGUUCUGCUGUUUUUCUUAAUCUUAAAAAUGGAGUAGAUUUCGUUUGAUUUGUCCAAUUUAAAUCCUGGUAACACAGUAACGCAUUCAACAAGCGAUAUUAUGAAAUUGGCACAGUAUCGAAAUGGAAAACAGGGUACGCAGGAGGGUCUGUGAUAAUUGAGUGGCAUCAAGCUAAAGUUUUUGAACAAACUAAUCAUUUGAUUAGGUCGCGGACGAUUUUUCGUCCCAUAAAGAAUUGAUAUUCUGGUGACCAAUCGCUCAAUCAGAUUAUAGAAAGUCGAUUAUUUUCUCAUUUUGAACAUUUGACUUUUAAAAUGAAGAACACGCCUACAUUUCUCCUCAUACAAAUUCAUAUCAUGAAGCAAAUACAGCUUAAACAAAAAUAUAAAAGACAAACCAAUAUUUUUAGGGUGUAUCUAUGGGUUUCCACGUGUACUAGAUAAAUCGUAAAAAAAAAAUGAGUGUGCUUUACCUAAGUUUUUUCUUGAUAGAGAUAAAUGCUAGUCUUUUUACUUUUAAUCGAAUAAUUUGAAUUUUGAUUGGAAUGCAUUCGUGUAUCCACUGUUUCACUUGAUAUAUAUUUUUACAAUGCUGCCAGUUUUUUACCAUAUUAGUAAUAAUAAUGAUGUAACAAUAAGCAUUUUAGUUACCAAGUUUAGAGCCAUUGAUUUUCAAUUUACCUGAACGCCUUGCCAAUUUUUACAUAGAAGAUUUUAUUUUUGAUUUAAAUGUUUGUGCGUCUUUUAAUUGUUUCUUAACCUCUACCAGUUUAAAUGUGCCCCGUGUGUCCCUUUUGUCUAGAAAUUUAACAAGUCUUAGCCAUAUAUAAAUGUACGGACAUCAUUACUCUACUAGUAAGAAUAUAUUUAGCAUAGGGGAGUUAUUGAGGAGUAAACUUGUGUGUUAAAUGUUGACCCUAUGUUAAACUACCUUUAUGUGUCGAUAUUCAAUUUUAGUAUUUAUAUGUCUGUAUCGUUAGGUUAGCUUUAGCGUAAGGAUAAGAGCAGAGACAUGAUGUGAGUAAUAGAGUAAUAUAAGUACCUUUUAUCGAAAUCAUAAUGUACAAAUUGCAACGAAGUUGUUAAAAAUUAAUUCAUUGAAUAAAUGAAACUUAAAAUAACAUAUACAUAUUAUGAGUAUAAAGUGCGAAUCGAGAGAAAAGAUAUUACCUUUACCUGUAUUUUUUGCGUGUUGAAAGGAACAAGAAUUUAAUCUCUACCUAAGCAGGAAACGUCUAGAAAAAUUAAAUCAAUUAUAUUUUUCGUCUUUUUAAAGAUGCGUGCUUUCUGAGAAAUGUUAAUUGGAUAAAAAAUACCUUAAACCUAGAUUUAUUGAUAAAAACAUACCUAAAAGUGCCAUUCGAUAUUACCCAGAGUUUAUUCUAUCGAGUUUUGAGAAUCAUAUCCCACACAGGUAUAUAAAAGGAACUAAAAUUAUUAUUGACUAAUGAAUAAUAUGAGAGAAUAAAUUUUUUGCACUUUUCCUCUUUUUCAUCUAUAUCUAUUGAACAAAUCUUAUUGUUAUAGCUAAAUCGAAAUUCUAAUCAGAUGUUCGAAUCUUUCUUAUACACGAACUAUUUAAGAUUAUCGGAAGGAGAAAGAGAGGUUGAGUGGAAGAGCGAAAGGCGUGAAAAGAUAAACAGAAUACGAAGGGAAGUACACGCACCAAGCGUGCACGUGAAAAGCGAAAGUAAAUUCAUUGACUAAAGACAAAUACACAAAUGUAUAUGAUACAGUGACAAUGAGAAUAUUUUUGGUGCGCUAACGCUCUAGAUAGGUUGUAAUGUGAAAUGUGAUAAAAGUGGAUUGGACCCAAUUUGUGAUUUUUUAUAACUUUAUAUUGGAAAGAAAAACAACUGAUAAAUGUUAUAACUAUAAAAUUUAAUUAUAUUAAUAUGUACGUCUUUUGAACGCGAGAAAACAAAAAACAAAAAAAACAAAAAAAAAUAAAUGCGAUCUUAUUUUUUACUCUUUAAAAUGAACCAUACUAUUACCACAUAAGCUUUAUAUAAAGGAAAUAUAUUUAAUAUUUUGAAUGUUGAUGUGAUUAGUUUGAAAUGAACGCAGAAUCUUCAAUUACCUUACGUACAAUAUACAACUGAAAUUAGAGCAUAUUACCCUACUUGUGCAAUGUUACCACAGAAUCAAAUCCCCCGCAAUAGUUUUAUACCGAAAGCUUUCUAAAAAGAUGCAAAUUACUGCUUGCAUUCAACAGUAAAACGCUAGAUAUGCACUUAUUUUACCCAACCGCUCUGCAUUGAUAACUCUUAGAACAUAAAAAACUAUACUUUCCUCCUUGAUUUAAACCUCUCCAGCAUUGCAACUACUCCCUGUUGAUGCACAAAUUAUUGUAACUUGAUGAGAUGAACAUUUUACAUUAGUUUAAGCACAGAUCAGAGAAAGAGAAGAGUAAAACAAUAAAUUUUAGAGAAAUUAGCGUAAAACGUAUAAGCAAUGCAAGAUAGAUAAGCGAUCUUGACGCAGAAAGAAUAAACCUAAAUUAUCGUUGCUGUUCCUGUAACUGUCGGCAAAGACGAUGGGAGGGAGCUGCAAAAGUAACAAUAAGAACCCUAAUAAAGAUUUUAUACCUUGCGUUUGAUGUAUAUUUGUUUGUGAUUAUGAUAGAAACAUAUCUUAUUCCGUAAAAUCGGUUGUUAUAUGUAAUAUGUAUAAUUCUUAGUAAUAAUAUAUUAUGUUUUUAUGUUGGAAAAAUACAAUAAAAUUUUAUCUAAUUU